UCAAAGAAAAACCAUAAUAUUUUUAAAACUUAAACAAUUAGUUUAAAAACAUGUAUUUCUUAAAGCAGUUGAAAAGGGUAAUUCCAAUAGCUAACGCUCGUUCUAUUGCUGUGAUUCACAAGUCACUUCUCGUUAAUCAAUUCCAAUACCCACAGAGCAAAAUCUUGAUUCGGAAUCUGAAAACAACUACAAUACGUUUUGAUGAAAAAGAUAAAGAUGACUGUGAAACGAAAAAAGAUGAAUGUAGUGAUGACACUGAAGCCGAAGAAGAAUGUCCAGACGAAUCUGAAGCUGAAGACCCUUGCGCAAAAUAUACAAGCGGAGGAGGAGGAGGAAAAGGAGGAGAAGGAAAAGGAGGAGAAGGAGGAGCAGGAGGUGCUGGAAGUGCUGGUAAGAUACAACCUAAAAAACUUAUAGAAGGUAAAAUUCAUUCCGUUAUUGGUCCGGUCGUGGAUGUGUAUUUUGAACAUGACGUACCUGAUAUAUUAAAUGCUAUGGAAGUUCCAGAUUACAAAGGACGGUUGGUCCUAGAGGUUUUUCAUCAUCUUGCUGAUAAUAUUGUGCGCACUGUCGCCAUGGACAGUACUGAAGGUUUGCGUAGAGGACAAAAAGUUGUAGAUACAGGCUAUCCUAUUCGUGUGCCUGUUGGUAAAGCGACUUUGGGUAGAAUUUUAAAUGUUAUAGGCGAUCCUAUAGAUGAUCGCGGUCCAAUUAAAACUGAGUUUUAUUCUUUCAUUCAUGCUGAAGCGCCGGAGAUGGUAGACUUAAAUGUUAAUCCAACUAUUUUAGAUACUGGUAUUAAGGUUAUUGAUUUAUUGGCACCUUAUGUAAAGGGUGGCAAAAUUGGUUUAUUUGGUGGAGCUGGUGUAGGUAAAACGGUUCUUAUUAUGGAACUGAUUAACAAUAUAGCAAAACAACAUGGCGGCUAUUCAGUUUUUGUGGGUGCCGGUGAACGUACCCGUGAGGGUAAUGAUUUAUAUAAUGAGAUGAUUGAAUCAAAAGUUAUAUCGCUAAAAGAUGACUCAUCGAAAGUAGUGUUGGUGUAUGGUCAAAUGAAUGAACCACCCGGUGCACGUUCUAGAGUUGUAUUAACUGGUUUAACAAUGGCUGAGUAUUUUCGCGAUAUUGAAGGACAAGAUGUCUUAUUGUUUAUUGAUAACAUAUUCCGUUUUACACAAGCAGGUUCAGAAGUAUCAGCUCUAUUGGGUCGCAUACCAUCAGCUGUAGGUUAUCAACCCACAUUAGGCACUGAUAUGGGUACUAUGCAAGAACGUAUUACGAGUACUAAAAAUGGUUCCAUUACUUCAGUGCAAGCCGUUUAUGUACCAGCUGAUGAUUUAACUGAUCCUGCACCAGCUGCUACGUUUGCACAUCUUGAUGCAACUACAGUAUUAUCACGACAAGCUGCUGAAUUAGGCAUAUAUCCAGCAGUUGAUCCAUUAGAUUCUACUUCUAGAAUAAUGGAUCCAACCGUAGUCGGUGAGGAUCAUUACAAUGUUGCUAGAGGUGUACAAAAAACUUUGCAGGACUAUAAAUCUUUACAGGACAUAAUCGCAAUUUUGGGCAUGGAUGAAUUAUCUGAAGAAGAUAAGAUAACUGUAUCUAGAGCCCGUAAAAUUCAACGUUUCCUAUCGCAACCAUUUAAUGUGGCUGAAGUAUUUACUGGUCAUCCUGGUAAAAUAGUAUCCGUUAAAAAAACUGUAGAAGGUUUCAAACGCUUAUUGAAUGGUGAAUUAGAUGAUAUGCCGGAAAUUGCGUUUUAUAUGGUUGGAGACCUCGAAGAUGCUGUGAAGAAAGCUGCAACUUUAGCAGUUAAUGUCAAGUAAAAUGGAUGCUUGUUAUUGCUUAUCAAUAAUAUUAAUUAAAUGCCGUUUUUUAUAUUUAAUUAAU